CACAACAACAGCAACACCAAAAACGAUAAUAAAUUUGAAAUGAAAUCGAAAACGAAGAUUCAUCCCGAUCUGGAUUGACAACCAGAAAAAAGACGUGCACAGAUAGCGAGUAAAGUCAAUAUUGCACGUUUACUUCUGAUGAUUUGAGGACUGAGCUCACCGAACGAUGAUAAUAUUUUUCACUUUGCAACGGAGAUCAAUCGAACGCGAACCGUACUAAAGAUCUGACGAAACGAACGAGCGCGAGUGAUAAUACGGACUUGGUGUAAAUCGAGUUUAAUUGAAACCAACGUUUUUUUACAAAGAAUCGAAAAAAGAACUAUUGCGAAUUAAACAAUUUCACUACGAGAAACGAAUAUUGUAAAAUAAGGUCCAUAGAAAAACAAUAACAAUUUAAAAUAUUAACAGAAUUUAAACAAAAAAAAUCGGAAGCGCUUAAACAUGACCCAAGACUUUCAAUCGAAACAGGACUAUGCCCGACAACUACGUUAUGCGCGAUCAAAAUUCCGACGCAUUAAUUCAUUGGAUUUAAUACCCGAAGAUCCGAGUCAAGAGGAAUCCAACGAUGACGAGGACAGUGUGGCCAUACAGUCGCCUACACUUUUAAGUCGCUCGAAUACCGGCAUCAACCAAAAACUUUUACCCAAGCAACAAGAGCAACAACAAAACCAGGCACAACAUGCCGCCACCAGUCCACAAACCUUGAUGGGACGUUUCCAAAAAUUCUUAUGGUUCUGGCCAAAUCUUCUUGUGAAUAUAGUCCUUAUAUUGUUACGUUAUCUACUCUACAUCCCCUUGUCCAUAGCUGCUCCCAGUUUUUGGCUAUCCGCCUUGUUAUGGGUAUUUUGGAAAAUCAUAAGAAUACCAGUGGAAUUUUUCAAAUGGGUUUGGAAUCUGGAUAACGGAGGCAAUGCAGCCCAAGGAACGGGCGGCAUGCAACAGGGCACGGGAGUACCCAAACGUACCGUACUCAUUAGCUGUGGCAGUACCAUACAAACUCUGCAUUUGGCCAGAAAUUUAUAUUCUUCAUCGGGCGCCAGAGUUGUGGUCUUUGAAUUUGAAGGACACUUUGGUUUGGCCCGCUUUUCGGCAGCCGUUGAUAAAUUUUACACCGUACCCAAGCCCACGCCACAAAAUGUCGACAGCUACAUUACGGCCUUGUGUCACAUUGUACGCAAAGAAAAGCCUUCAGUUUAUAUACCCGUGUGUGCCACAAGUCCGGCAUAUUAUGAUUCAGUGGCCAAGCCCCAUUUGGAGUUAUUGGGCUGUGCCACAUUUAUGACCGGGGUACAGGAAACCCUCAUACUGGACGAUUGUUUGCAGUUCUAUCAGAGAUGUGCCUCACAAAAUAUAGCUGUGCCACCCUAUGUUGCCCUAUCGGCGGCCCAUGAACUUUGGGAGCUAUACGAGGAGGGUUUCAUCAGUCAAUUUCGCCAUAUCCUGUUGGCUGUGGGCAUGCAAGGUGUUUUGGAGAGAUUCAAGUAUAUGCUGCCUCGCCAGUGGCGUGAUCUGCGUUUUACCCAUGAAAUCAAUGAACGCCAAAAAUGGUUGGUUGUGCGCGAUGUACCCGGUGAACAUUUUGUCACCUGCACCACCAUUAAAUCCAGCCAAGUGGCGGCCAAUGUUAGCUGUCGCGUGGACAGUGAUACCAAAAAUCUAAUACCAGCCACUGCCACAGAUGCCGAACUCAUAGAUUCGUGGCUGAAGACAUUCUUUGGCAAAGUUCGUUUUCAACGACCCAUCAACUGUCACAUCAGUUUGCGCCUCAUCAAAUGCCAAUCUACCGGGCAAUUUUUACCCCUGGGCAUACGUUUGGGUGUCUCGCUGCCGUACAUAUGCCACAAUCGAUCACAUGCCCAAAUCUUGUGUCGCACCAUGAAAUGUGUCCAUAUGAGACCAUUAAAUUUCAGCACAGCACCGGAAGAAGAUGAAAGUACGACAGCUUCCGCUUCCUCGCUGGCAUAUUUCGGCGCCCAAUGGUCUUCGGAAUCGGUGGCGUUGGACAAACGUGAAGCACUGUUUGCCUACUGGGAUCCCUUGCCCUAUUGUGCCUAUUAUCAUUUUCAAUUGCCAUUGGAAUCGGUUAAGAGCUUUCUCCAGAGACGUCGUAAGACAACACCCAAAGUUGUAACACCUGGCCAUCUCUCAACGUCGUUACAUUGAGGACAAGCGUUGUGGUUUUUUUAAUUAGAAGAAGAAGAACCAAAUGGUCUUUUUUUGGAAAUAAUGUAACGUAAGAUUAUGAUCAUGAUGAUGCUUGUUUACUCGCUCAAAGUAGGUAGUGUAAAUAGGGUUUGGUUGUGGUGUCUCCCUCUCCGUGUUUUUCCACUACCAAAUUGGUUAAUGAAAAGAAAUAUUUUUUUGAGUUAUGUCAUGUUCAGACGAAGAUUAUACAUAUUUAUGUUAUGACUUGUCAAAAACGCUCUGAGACAAAAAAAGCGGGAAGGGAAGCUCAAAGUGGCUUAGCAUGUCUCAAGAAUUCACACGGCCACAAGAUGUAGCCGUGGUAAAAUUAAGGAAGUAAAAUCAGUUCAGAUAAGACUUUCCAUCCCUGCAUUUUCUAUAACGUACCUUGUCAAAAUUGAUUGAAUAAACAACAGGUUCUCAUGUCUGAUUUCUGUGUAUACAAUGGAUUUAUAAAUGUAAAGUUUGACAAUGAGAAAAAUUAUAAACAUAUGAUUGCAUGACUUUACCUUCUUAAUUCUACCAUGGAUGUAGUUUUUUCUUUCUAUAUAUUUAUUAAAUAUUUUUAUAGAUUGGUACUUAGUCCAAUAUAGAUCACAAUUAAUUUGACAUAAAGCAUAUGAAAACAUAUGUCAAAUAGGUAAAUAAAUUAUAACGGUAAAUGGAUCUAGUGUAAACGUCUGGAGUUUCACAAACAAAAUCGUUGAAAUUCAAAUGUCAAUCAAUUGAAAAUAUCAAUUUAUUUUGACAAUUGAAAUUAUCAAUUUAUUUUGACAAUCGAAAUGAUGUGGUUUAUGAAAUUAUAGCCUGUAAGCAUGUUUACAUGUAAUAAGUCCAGCGUAUUUUAAUUGUCAAUUUUAUUGCAUAUACGUCACAUGUCAAAUCUAGUGGAUUCUUUGACGUUUAAAUUUAUUGGAUUUACAAUAUGCCAAGAGCGUUUAUUACAAAUAAACAACGUGUAUACAUAAACACGUGUUUUCUAUAACCAAUGUGUCAUGUGAUAAAUGUCAUAUAUUUGAUGAAAAAUGUGUUUUAAAAAUUGAGAUGUUUUAAAAUUAGUUGCACAAAUAUAAAUUAUGCCAGAAAGAAAAGAAGAAGAGUUGCAAGCAUUGCAGAAGAAUACAGGUAGAUGCACCAACGCUUGGGAACAUUGAUAUGUCAAACUUUAAGAAAAAAUGUUUUUCAAAAAUAAAUAGAUUUUUAUAAGUUUACUAAUACGACAUUGAUCGAAGGUUGUUAUGGUAUGCAUUUUUCAACCACUUUUACCAAUUUGAAUAAUUUUUUAUUCAAAGUUUUCGAUUUCAAAAUUUGUUUGACAGUUCAUCUUCUGUCAUGGUUGCAAGUAAUUGCAAGAGAUUUUUGUUCGCCAACUUUCAAAAUGUCUCUGCAGAUAUUUUCGAUUAACAGAUAACUUCCAGUAACAAUUUUCAAUAAUUGUUAAAAAUUGCAAGGAACCCAGACACACACUUAUUAUUUACAAUUUCCAUUUAAUUUAUUUAAUUGAAUUUUCCGUCUCUGGAAACCAACAGAUUAUUUUUUUAAUUAUUGUUUCAUUUUCCUUGUCAAUAAUUUGAAUUACCUACAUUCUGACACCAAAAUUGCGCUUACUUCCCUAGCGAGUUUCUUAGAAAUACAUAAAGCUCUUGUUUGGCUGGCUUAAGUCAUCGACUGGCUUCUUCGUAGAGGAACAAAGGAGUUUUAGUUUGACUUAGUUCGAUUUUGACCAUAGGCUCCUUUGUUCAUUUCCAAAGAAGCCAGCCAUUUAAGCGCUUUAUAUAUUCCCACCAUUAAGGUGUGGAUACAUAAGCAGCUUGGCAUCUCGGUAAACGACGGCAGUACUUGAGUGCGCCUGUGGCAUCCCUUUAUUCUAUGUCACUAUGUUUUGACCAUGGUAGAAUUACGAAGGUAAAGACAUGUAAUCAUAUGUUUACAUUUUUUUUUUUUUUUCAAAAUUAUUCUAAUGUAUGUUUUUUAUUCAGUGAAAUUUGACAAGCCUUAUUUGAAAUGACUUUACUUCCUUAAUUUUUCCAUGUUUUUAACUUUGCCAUGUCGAUUAUUUAAACGACGAACAUACCGACACCAAAAUUGCACACUUUACAAGAUCUUUGCAACAUAGCAUUACUUUCCCUGGCGAGUUUCUUCUUUCUCACUAUUGCUCUAUUCCAGAACCUGCAAGAAUCUACUAAUUUUAGAUAUUUUUUAAAAUCAUAAAGGAAAAAUCGGUUAUCGUAGCAAAAAGUUUUACAAUCUUGAUGUCCUGGAACAGACCCUAUUUUUUGACCUAAUCGCCUCUAAAAAGGCCAAAAAUGCUGGUUUAAUUUUAUAAUAUUAGAUAACUGCAGGGUGAAUUUCGGGCAUAUUCGCAGUAGAUCGGAAUGUUUCAGACAUUUGGAAGUGCUAAUAAUAUCCUUUAGAAAUACAAACUUUCCAUCUCUGGUCAGUGUAAGCAAUUACCAUUUUUAGUAAAUAAAAAGAUAUUUCUCAAUAUUUUCUCGUGAAAGGGCCUUGGCACGAGCCAACGAGUGGUCUGGGGUUUGAUUUGGAUGGUAAUUCUUUUUUGCACCAGACUUGUUAAAGUUAAAUAAUAAGCAUCCAUAAUUCUCAGACUUUAAAACUUUCCAUCCCCGACCAUCAUCAUGAGUGAUGAGAAAUAACAGUAAUUUGAAAAGAGUGCUUCAAAAGGAAAAUCCAAUUUAAGUGGGAGACAAAGAUCAAUGGAGUGGGCGAGAGAGAGACACCAACUACAAAGAUAAUACGCGAGAAUGACACGCACAGUGAGAGAGAAUUAUACAGACUGAUAUUUGUUUUGAUUGUUUUUGCAUUUUGUUGUUGCCAAUAUGGUCGGUCGUUGUGACAUUACAGAAAACUACUUGUAAGCAAACAAACAGCCCUCGUCCUCCGCGCCGCAAUAACAAUAUACAUACAUUUGUGUGUGUGUGGGUGGGUGGGUGUAUGUAAUGUAUGUAGGUGAUGAUUAAGUGAUUAAACGAUUAUUUUUUUUUGAUUAAGUUACACUAUUGUUAAGUUAGUUUUAAGUUAAUAUUAUCUAUUUUAUUUACGCACCAAAUAAAUCUGUUCAUUUUAAAAAAUA